UUCGUCUUAAACCCUAAACCCUAAUACCCAAAUUUCAAUUUUUCGUAAAUUUCCAUUUAUUUCACCACUCUUGGCAGUCACGAUGCUCAAUGUUCCGGUUAACCACAAGACAACGCCGUCUUCUACCCCUUCGGUUCUUCACCUCAUCUCCGGCGUUCUGCUCGAUUAGCUCCGCCGCCGCCGCCGCCGUCACGGAUUUCCCUCAAAACGAUGUUGUCUCACAAAUUAUCUGCCAUUUCAUCUCUUCUCCGCCUCGUUACAGUCAAAGGCUCUUAUUGAAUUCCCUCAGAAACAGCAAUUGGUUCAGGAAGGAAGUUCCCGAGUUGGAACCUUCGGAAAUUGACUCUAUCAUUGGGAAAAUUAGCUCGCAAAGUGCCAUAGAGUUCUUCUUCUUGUUGCAAAAUGAGUUUGGGUUCAAGCACUCACAGAACUCGCAGUUCUUCAUUGCGCAUUUAUUGGCGGAGAAGAGGCGGUACCGUGCGCUGUUCUGUCAUAUGCGGGUGGUUAUUGAGGAUCAAGGCUCUGGAUCUGCACCCUUGCUUUGUGAGCUGCUUUUGAAAAGCUUUAGGGGCUGGGACUCAAACCAUGUGGUGUGGGAUAUGCUCGCAUUUGUUUACUCCAGAACUGAUAUGGUUCACGAUGCUCUGGUUGUGCUGACAAAGAUGAAAGACUUAAACAUCCGGCCGUCAAUUAUGACAUACAAUAGUUUGUUGCACAACUUGAGGGAAACUGAUAGAGUGUGGGAUUUUUAUAGUGAACUUGAAGACAAUGGACUACAACCAACUGAUUAUACAUACUCAAUUUUCCUUGAUGGUCUUUGCAGGCAGUCCUUGGUUCUCGAAGCUAUUAAUUUCCUUAGGGAGAUAAACAAGGAAGUGGCUGAGCCUUGUGUUGUUUGCUUCAACACUUUGAUGUCAGGAUUCUGUAGGAAGGGUUUAAUAGGUAUUGCUAAAUCAUUAUUUUGUAUGAUGUUCAAGUAUGGAUUAAUUCCUGAUAGAUACAGUUACAAUAUACUCAUUCAUGGGUUAUGUGUAAGUGGUUCAUUGGAAGAAGCCUUAGCUUUUGCAGUUGACAUGGAAAAGCAUGGAUUACAUCCUGAUCAGGUGACUUAUAACAUUCUCUCCAAAGGAUUUCGUUUACUUGGUACAAUGAAUGGAGUUUGGAAGGUUUCUGAGAAAAUGCUACAGACUGAAGCAGACCCUGGCCUGCUUACCUACACAAUACUUAUUUGUGGGAAUUGCCAAACAGGUAACAUUGAAGAGGGUUGUAGACUGCGAGAGGAGAUGAUUUCUAAAGGUCUAAAGUUAAAUGAUAUCUCAUAUCGUGCGUUACUAAGUGGCUUGUGUAGAAACGGACAGAUAAAUGAGUCUCUGAGUUUGCUUUCUGAGUUGAGUAAUGACGGCUUAAAGCCAGAUCUUUUUAUGUUCUCUAUGGUCAUCCAUGGUCUCUGCAAGCAGGGCGAGGUAGCCAUCCAACUGUACAGGGAUAUGUUUUUAAAUGGAGUCUACCAGAAUUCUUUCCCUCACAGGUCCAUUUUGAUUGGAUUGUGUGAGAAGAGAACAAUGUUUAAGGCAAGAAGUUACUUUAAUGCAUUGGCAAAAGGUGGCUUUAUACAUGAUAUUGUACUGUAUAAUAUUAUGAUUGAUGGAUAUGUUAAAGUUGGUAAUGUGGCAGAUGCUCUAGGAUUGUACGAAAGUUUAUUGGAGAAAGGGAUUCCUCCAACUGUAGUUACUUUCAACACCCUGAUAAAUGGAUUGUGCAAAGCCAGAAAACUAGCUCAGGCCAGAAAGUGGCUGGAUGGCAUGAAGAUGCACAAUGUAGAACCAACUACCGUUUCGUAUACUACAAUUAUGAAUGCCUUUUGUGAAGUGGGGAAAUUAGAAGAUACCUUUGAGCUAUUUGAGGAAAUGAAAAAAAAUGGUAUUGAGCCAAAUCAAGUAACUUAUACAGUGCUUAUGAAAGGGCUGUGUAAGCGAGGGAAGCUGGAAGAAUCUGUUGCAAUUCUCCGGGAUAUGUUAGCUAAGGGUAUCUCUCCAGAUCAAAAUUUAUAUAAUGCUUUGAUCCAAUGCUUUUGUAAAGCUCGAGACUUUAAAAGAGCAUUUCAAUUACAUGCCGAGAUGGUACAGCUUAAUAUUAAGCCAAAUAUUGUGACUUACAAUAUUCUUAUCAAUGGUUUAUGUGUAUAUGGAGAUCUAAUUGUUGCUGAAAAGCUAUUUUAUGAUCUCCAAUGUCAAAACUUCAAAUUGCCGAAAGUUGCGUUCACUACUCUUAUAAAAGCAAAUUGUGCAAAGGGAGAUGUUGAAAAGGCUAUGGUACUCUUUCGUCAAAUGGCAGAAACUGGCUUUGAGAUUUCACUAAAAGAUUAUAGUGCAGUAAUUAAUAGACUCUGCAAAAGAUCUUUGCUGAAUGAUGCCAUGGAUUUUUUUCGAAUGAUGCUAGUUGACGGUAUAGCUCCUGACCAGCAAAUAUGUUCAGUUAUACACUACUCAUUACACCAAGCUGGUUUUGUCAUUGCCGAGUUUCAAGUUUAUGUUUUAAUGAUCAAAUUUGGCUUUGCUCCUGGUUGAACUGUAUGGAAUGUGUUUGGUUUUGUUCAUCACCAUGCAUCCUCUAGUGAUCAAAUACUUCGAUAAGGGGGGACAACGUAAUUUACUAUUUUUGCUAGUAUUCAUUUCCUGAUUUCAAGGAGGACCUUAUUGCCCCUAAGAUUUUCUGCUGAAGAGAUCAUCACCGGGAUGUACAAAGAUUGUAAUAUUGGUGUAAGAUGGAGUACUGCCAAAAGGAUACACAAUUUUAAAGUCUUGCAGGUUCUGAUUUUUACUUCUACCGUUGAGGAGUUGGAGAUCCUUGCUGCAUCAGUGCAUCUGUCUUGUUGUUGAACAUAUUUGAAGAAAGUAAUCUCUUGAGAAUAUUUGAUCGUACUUCUUGCGGAGAUUUAAGGAUGAAAUUAUACUAUGCUGCAAAUGUCCUCUGGAUUCCAAUGCUGCAAUCUCAUCUGCAGAGCUUCGACAUCCAUAGCCGCAGCUUCAGUCGCGCGUGAAAGGAUUUCUGUGUUCAGAGUAUUGCCGCUGCAGAGAGCUCAAUCAACAAACCCUACGGACAGAACCUCUGAUCAUCGAUGAUCUCUGCAGUACAGAGGUUUGUUCCCCUGCUCUAUUAUUGCCUUGUCUGGGGAUGGAGAAAAAUGCAAAGAACAUGACUGUACAUUUUAGAUGUCUGUACAUGUUUACAUUGAGUUGUAAGAUUAUUUUAGUCAUAUGGGGUUAGUUAUGACUAAUUAUCCCAUAAUUAUCUAUCUAGAAUUGAGUUA